AGAGCAGUUACCCGGAUCACGACUGGCUAUAUACGUAAGGGACAAUUGAGGGCGGGGAUUGUGAUUCAAGCCACCAGUCGGUUGUAGAUAGCGAGGCGCUCGGGUUUGUGCUGCAGCUUCAGAAGUUAUUUGUGGAUUUUAAAUAUGGCCGGCGGAAAGGCAGGGAAAGACUCCGGGAAGACCAAGACCAAGGCGAUCUCUCGCUCGCAGAGAGCAGGACUGCAGUUCCCGGUGGGUCGCAUCCACAGACACCUCAAGUCCAGAACCACCAGCCACGGCCGAGUGGGAGCCACUGCUGCGGUGUACAGCGCGGCGAUCCUCGAAUACCUCACGGCCGAGGUGCUGGAGUUGGCCGGAAAUGCAUCGAAGGACCUGAAGGUGAAGCGCAUCACCCCCCGCCACUUGCAGCUGGCCAUUCGAGGAGACGAGGAGCUCGAUUCUCUGAUCAAGGCCACUAUAGCUGGUGGAGGCGUGAUCCCUCACAUCCACAAGUCUCUGAUUGGAAAGAAGGGCCAGCAGAAGACUGUAUAACCUGAAGGACUUUGGGAGUCAUGAAGUCUGCAUCAAGUGGUUUAAAUGUCUUUAGGUUAGAACACCUUUCCAGUUAUGUGUAUGGUUGAGCUUUCAUUUACUCACCUGGGGUAUUUUUUUAAAAAGUGGCUUCAAAGAAGCUCAUUUUUGUGUUUUGGCUUUUUUGUGUUGCUGCAGUUUUGGUUUUGACUUGCUUUUGUGGCAUUCAUAUGUUUAAAUGGUGUUUUAAUAAAGCUCUUAUUGGGCAUUUGCAGUU